AACAAGUCUGUUUACCAAUCGUGCUACGUUUAUUUCAUUUUAUUUAAGAUAUAGAUGGGGGACAAGGAUGAUCCUUCUGGAGCAAUCUGAAGUCAAGAGAACAAAUGUGUACCUUGGUCAACCAGCACGUUAUUUCUACUGAAGCUGGUAGAGCAAGCGAGCCUUGCUAGCCAGGGCUGUGUUUCCCAAAAGCGUCGUAAGCCUAAGUUGAUCUGGCUAGUUAAAAAGCCUGGUGUGGAAUCUGGAUCACCAGCUUCCAGAAACACAUGAUGAGCAUAUGCAGGACUCAUAAAUCAUAAAAAAAAAAAAGUUUAGUUUGAAAGCAACUUACAAUAGAGGAACAUAAGCAAUUCACCAUAGAGCCAACAAAAUUCAAAGCAAGAUUAUUUUAUUAUUUUGCAGAUGCUUUCAUCCAAAGCAACUUCCAACAGUAAGUAAUGUGUCAAAGAGCCAACAAUAUUCGUAGUGUACAAUGUUUUAUUUUAUUUUAUUUUAUUUUAUUUUUUUAUUUUAUUUUAUUUUAUUUUAUUUUAUUUUAUUUUAUUUUAUUUUAUUUUAUUUUAUUUUAUUUUAUUUUAUUUUAUUUUAUUUUAUUUUAUUUUAUUUUAUUUUAUUUUAUUUUAUUUUAUUUUAUUUUAUUUGCAGAUGCUUUUAUCCAAAGCAACUUCCAAAAGAAGAAUAUAAGUAAUGUGCCAAAGAGCCAACAAUAUUCGUAGUGUACAAUGCCAGGUUAUUUUAUUUUAUUUUAUUUUGUAUUUUUUAUUUUAUUUUAUUUUAUUUUAUUUAUUUUUUUUAUUUAUUUAAUUAUUUAAUUUUUAAUUUUAUUAUUUUUUUAUUUUAUUUUAUUUUAUUAUUUUAUUUUAUUUUAUUUUACAGACGCUUUCAUCCAAAGCAACUUCCAAAAGAAGAAUAUAAGUAAUGUGUCAAAGAGCCAACAAUAUUCGUAGUGUACAAUGCCAGGUUUAAUUUUAUUUUAUUUUAUUUUAUUCAUUUAGCAGGCACUUUUAUUCAAAAUGACAACCAAAAUAGGAACAGAAGCAAUUAGUCACAGAGCCAACAAUAUUCAUAAUGUACAACGCCAGGUUUUUGUUUUUAUUUUAUGUAUUUAUUUAUUUUGAGUAGUGGUAGAAAAUAAUAGCACACACACACAAAAAGAAAAAUUAAUGAAACAAAUCUGUUCUUGUACUUCUCCAGACUUGCCACAUUGCCAUGGACCUUGAAGAUGCCCUCUGACUUCCCUCUCCCUCACCUCCCCCCUUUGUCAUGGAGUCUGACCCGAACCAUCUCCGUGACCCCUACAAACCUGACGCGGAUGACGGCGGCGAGCCGCCCGAUCUGGAGUGCGCCAUCUGUUUCUGCCAGUUCAACAACGUCUUCAACACUCCUAAGGUACUGGAAUGCAAGCACACCUUCUGCCUGGAGUGUCUUGCGCGGAUGAACGUGAAGUCUACCCAUCCCAACACCAUCCAGUGCCCGCUGUGCCGUGCCUACACCCCGUUACCAGACUUGGGUCUUCCCAAGCUUGCAAAUGACUCCACGGUGCUGUCCUACCUCCCGGCUGCCAUGCAGCACGUCUACAGCAUCCGUUUUAAUCGCAACAAAGGCAAACUGCAGGUGAAGAGAGUGCCCAGCUCUGCCCCGGCUCAGAACAUCAGCCAAAGUCUGGACGUCGGGAACCCAGCAGGCGAGGAGGGGGAGAGCGGCUCGGCCAGAGAGAGGUCUGUAGUGAUCACCAUACUGCGGACGCCACUGUGCAAAGCUUUUAUAAUGAGCACGGUGGCCAUAAUGACGGUCAUUCUCGUCAUUACGAUCAUCCUCAUCCUGAGGCGUACGGGUUAGAUUAUCACUGGCACUGAACAUAACUGAACUGGCAUAAACAACAAACAAGCAACAUGAUGAGCAUAUUUCUGAAUGUUUCCAUAUGCAAAUCAAACUGUCCCUCAUAUCCUGGAAGACUACUGCUGUAUUUAACAGCUGAGAGGGACAGUGGUUGUGGAAAAAAGUACUGUGAAGCUACCAUGGUCUUUAGUUAGCAGGCCUACUACCAUGGUACAUUUGCAAAACAAUAUAGCACCUUGUAUCUUUUUAUUCACGUCCCUUAUCGAAAAUACAGUGGUAGCCUACUUUACAAUAUAUCAUAUGAUACUUUUAGGUCAUUUUUUUAUUAUUAUUCUGAUUUUCAGAAGGCACUCAUAACAUUAAUCCUACAAAAUAUCAUAUGGUAGAGUCAGGUUCCACUGAUAAUGGUACUGACUAUGGUACUAAAAUGUCCAAAAUGUUUUUUUGAUAAUGUAUAUUUUAAAAUGUUAUAUUUUAAAAUGUAUGUUAUGAUGUAAUAUAUGUUAUGAUAUAUAAAUAUAAAAUCAGAACUAUACUUUCAUACAUUUUAGAAUACUGAACUGUUUUUGUAUUCACAUUACUCUUUCUCUCUCUCCCUCCCUCCUGACUACCAGCUAUGGAGUUUUGUCCUCUGUAGAGGACAUUAUAUUUUAAUGAAUUUGACCUUGCAUGUCACCAUUUUAAGUCUGGAUGUCCUGUAAAGAGCACAUUCAGGGCUUUUCAGAGAUACCAAAUGUUCGGAAGUUUCACCAUGACCACUCCCUCUCCAUUAAAGGGUUAGUUCACCCAAAAAUAAAAUUUCUGUCAUUAAUUACUCACCCUCAUGCAGGAGCGCCCCCAAGGGGUGGCCAGUGGUGGCCACGGCCACCCCUGUAUAAACUCUGGCCACCCCAGUAUGAUUUUGCAGUUGGUACUAUUAAUUUAAAUGCAUAAUGUAAAUUCACA